GAUCUUACAACGAAGAACAUUGAUGAUAAAUCAACAAGAACAUUGGUGUAUGAAAAAUCUGGCACAAAUAAUUUAUCAAAAUUACUAGAUAUCGAGGAAGCCAAGAAAACUUUACCUGAAACGAAUUCAAAAGACUUAACCGAGUAUAGCGAUCAAUUCGACUAUUCAGAAACAUGUCCAGCACGUAAUAAAGAGCAUAAAGAAGAUGAUGUGAAAGGUCAGUGGGGUGCUGGUGAUUAUUGCGGUGAAGAAACUUAUCGGCUCUAUUGUUGUAAGAGAACUUUUAGUGGAAUCCC